UGAGGCCAUGGCGACCUCGGCCGGGUGGGCUCAGGCACAAUGGGCCAGCUACCUCUUGCCCCAGCUGACGGGAGAGGCACAGGCAGCAGCGAGAACGCUAUCCCCUGAGAGGAUGAUGGACUACCCCGCGCUGAAAGCGGCCAUCCUUAACCGCGUGGGGGCUACCCCAGAGGGGUACCGGCGAAAGUUCCGGGAGGAACGGUUCUCCGCAGAGGAGCAUCCCAGAACGAUCGCGCAUCGUUUAAAGGAUUACGCCAUGGGCUGGCUGAACCCCGACGCGAGUACCAAAGCCAGGAUAGUGGAGGUGAUCGUGGUGGAGCGCUUCCUGGAGUGCUUGGCACCGGCACCUCGGCUGUGGGUGCAACGGCAGGCACCUGCCACUCUAGAUCGGGCGGUCGAGUUGGCGGAACAGUACCAGGCAGCAGAGCCAACGCCAGCAAGACUGCCUGGAAGGAGUACAAUUGCUGUAUCACCCCCUCCACUGGCCCCGGAGAAGGCGAAGGGACUGGGGGGAAGGGGUAGACAGGUAUUUGGACGGGGGGUGUCGGCGGGAGCUCCCGGCCCGGGAACUGGGGCAGGGUGGGGUUACCCACGGGCUGCCGCGGUGUCGGACCGGGGUCUCGCGCGGCCACCUUACCGUCGAGCCCCUUUGAUGGCUCCAGUGUUUCCACCCCUUGUUGAAGCUCCGGGACGAGAAACCAGCCCACCAAGGUGUUGGACGUGCAGGGAGGUGGGCCACAUCGCGCGGGACUGCCCCGUGAUGGAAUGUGACCUCAGCCGACCAGAUCUGCCCCUUUAAACUGGAACAGCGAGCAAGGCGGUCUCGCUUUGCCUACCAACAGACGGGAGGAUAACAAACGCCCGGAAAGAAAAUCAAAGAAAAUAAUUUUAAAGAAAGAAAGGGGAAAGUGUGGGAUCAUUGGGCAGCCCCAGUAUUUGUUAUAGUGAGACAGCAGAGUGUAGGACGGAGUCCCGGGUCGUACGGGUAGCGGCGACUGGGGAGAUUCACGCUGCGAAGUGCAGCACAUUUAUUUUGUAGUUUUUCCUUACUGUGCUUUAUUUUCCCUGUUUCUUUUUGCCUUUUUCGUUUGUUAUAAUUUGUGAGCACCUGCGAGUGCGGGACUGCAGCUGAGUACCCUGCCGUGGUAUUCCCCGUUGGUUCUGGAUACCAUAGCUGGUAGCCAGACCACGGACCACAAGCGCCCUCUACGGGCUCAACGAAAUCGGUACACCUCACCAGAGUACCAAAAGAAAGUAAUAAAACUGAGCACCUGUGUGGUGUUGUCAACUACCAUUUCUGUCUCCCGUGUCAGUGAAUACCCGCACC